AAGAAGGUGAGUGAGACAUGUUAGGUUUUGUGGCAGCUAGUUUAGAACUGGAUAUACUACGCGUUUCUCAAGUAAAUUUAUGGCCAUACUAUCUUUUGCUGAUGUGGAGUCAGGAAGUCAACUCUCUUUGUGGAGGACUUGUUGAUGUGUACUGCAAGGCGGAAGGAUUUAUGUGGGGGGACAGAUGCAAAUGGACCUGGGGGCUCACAUCUGGGUCCUCUCAAGACUCUUCUUGGGUUCGCUCUUCCUUGUGUACAUGCGUCUGAUAGUACAUCUGCACAGACCUUACCACAACACAUAGGCAAGCCAGAGUUCCCUGACACAGGGUGGGACCGCAUCAAAGAUCUUUUCAGCAGGCAUGAAGGUGAGAUGUACUCAGAGGAGUUAAGGAAUAUAGUAAAGUGUGGAUUUGCUGCAGCCAUAGUAGGGAUGGUCUAUGGAGGCCUACCAGGAGCCAGACAUGCUCGUGAGAGAUUUAUUCAGCUCAGCCAGGCUGAAAUGUACCAAAACAGAGUGGAUGCAGUGCGCUCUGCACAUAAUGCAGCUAUUCGUGGGUUUGUGAGCUUUGGCUGGCGGUGGAGCUGGAGGGUAGCAGCAUUUGUGACCCUGUUUAACACUGUAAAUACUGGUUUGACAGUGUAUAGAGACAGAGACGCUCUAAGCCAUUUCACUGUUGCAGGUGCUGUAACAGGAGGAUUGUUCCGGCUGAAUCUGGGACUUAGAGGGUUGCUGGCUGGUACAGCCAUAGGAGCUGUACUGGGGCUGCCGGCUGGAGUUUUAAUUGUGGGUCUGCAGAAGCUGGGGGGUGAGACCAUGCAUGACAAGAGGCGACGAGAAAGAAGAGAGUUAUAUGAGCUGAGAGUCGCUGAAUGGAAUGCUCGUCUAAAGCUUACAGAUGAUCUCGCUGGAGAAAUGAUGACUGAGAAACAUCAGCACACUGAUAAUGACCUUCAACGAAUAGAGGAGCUGCUCAGUCAACCAAGGAAUGAGAAAGGGGCAAAGGCAGUAACAUCAGAGACUUGAGUGUUAAUGGAAAAAACACUUUUUUUGUCCCCAAGUAUGUUUAAUUGUGAAUCAACAGCAUGUAAAUAAAAAUCAUUUGCUGAA